ACAGUGGCUGACUUGACGCAGCUUCGGGGCAGCAGUCAGAGGAGACGCAGUCCGGUAAGCCGCUAUCUGUGCUCGGCAAACAACGAGUCGUCCGUCCGCCAGGUCAGACGGAAACAUGCGGUCCGCGGCGGUGCUCUUUCUUCUGGCGGUGGGAGCUGCAGCGGGAGGGAAACUAGUUUAUGUGACCGUGCUGUUUCGGCAUGGCGACCGGUCACCAGUUAAAGCCUAUCCUACCGACCCAUACCAAGAGAGCGCCUGGCCACAAGGCUUUGGACAGCUAUCACAGGAGGGAAUGAGGCAGCACUUUGAACUGGGCCGCUUUCUCAGGAAUCGAUACAAAGGAUUUCUCAACGAAUCCUAUGACAGACACGAGAUCUCAGUUCGCAGCACAGACUACGAUCGCACCCUGAUGAGCGCUGAAGCCAACCUCGCAGGUCUCUACCCGCCGAGCGGCCAGCAAGUGUUCACACCAGAUUUGAAGUGGCAGCCGAUACCUGUCCACACCGUGCCACAAAGUGAAGAGAGGCUGCUCUCUUAUCCUCUGCGUGACUGUCCUCGCUACAAACAGCUGAUGAAUGAAACUGAGCAUACAGAGGAAUUUCUUAAUAUCACCACUGAAUACCAGGACAUACUAGACCUGGUAAAGAACAAAACAGGACUGAAUACUACUGUGGAGUCAGUGUGGAGCGUGUACGACACACUCUUCUGUGAGUCUCGUCACAACAUGACCCCUCCUGCCUGGGUGACGCCUGACGUUAUGAAGAAGCUCCGAAAACUCAAAGACUUUGGAUUUCAAGUGACCUUCGGUGUCUACAAACAGCAAGAAAAGAGCCGGCUGCAGGGAGGUAUCCUGCUGGGUGAAAUAGUGAAGAAUCUUUCCAAGGUGGCCGUCCAAGACGCGAAACAGAGACUGAGAAUGAUGAUGCUGUCAGCGCAUGACACCACUGUUGCUGCUCUUCAGGCCAGCUUGAAUGUUUUCAAUGGAAAACAGCCGCCGUACGCUUCUUGUCAAAUAUUUGAGCUUCACAGGGAUGAUAACGGCUCUGCUUCAGUGUCGAUGUUUUACCGGAACGACACCACGGUGGAGCCGUACCCUCUACAGUUACCAGGCUGCUCCCUUGACUGCCCCCUAGAGGAGUUUGUCACGAUUACAAAGCUCUCUAUCUCAGACGACCGGGACAAAGAGUGUCAACUGCCUUCAGGAGGCAGAGAUACAGAAGUGAUCAUCAGUCUGGCCGUGUCUAGCUGUCUGCUCCUCCUCCUCAUCGUCGUCCUCCUCGGCGUGAUCUGUUGGCAAAAGGAACCAAACAGCAGCCGGGGAUACCAGCACGUGAUCAACCAGGAUGCCGGGGACGAAUCCUGACAAAAGCACCAACUCCUCCCUCGGAGAUCUACAAACGUGCAGUCGUGGGACAGCAGCGACGAUGAAGACGGACUCUGAAAGUCCAGCGUGACUUUUCUGAGCACGUUUGUGUUUUUUUUUUUUUGUGGGACCCACAAUGAUUCAACUUUUUGAGUUUUCAUCCAAAAUGACCCUGUUCCUGUUGGGUCAGGGGGAGGAAUUUUAAAGAGAUUUUAAAAAAAGCUGAGGACUAAGGGACCAGGACUGAUUCUAUGUCAAGAAAACAGAGCAGGGAAAACCUUUUGCAUUUUGUCCAGUACAGUAACUGCUAUGUUCCCACGUGAUCUGGUCCACUCGGCCAAAUGAGUACAUAAUUUCAAUAAAUGUGAGUCAGACUUUUGCUUGGAGAGAGACUGUGUUCGUUGUUCAGCCUGGGUUUUUUUUUUUCUUGUUUCUUUUUUGGGACUUAAAUGGCUGCAGAAAAGAAAAUAUUGACAAAGUUGUGACUUUAAAUAACAAAUUCAUUUAAAUCUUUUUUAGUGUUUUGAAUCAGGGUUUUCAUCCAGGCAGGUGUAACUGUCCUUUUAAAAACAUGAUCUGAUUUGUGAACAGUGUGUGUGUUGAGUUAUCAGCGUGUUGACGCUGAGGCCUAAUGACCGAGAUGCCUUAAACGUUUUUAAUAAUGAGGCUUCCUUUUGUUCUGUAAUGCAUAACACACUUUUGUACGAUGUCAAGUUUUUCAUUGAACUUCAAGUCAUCAGCAGUAAGGUGAUCCACCUCCUCCAAGUGUCAUUUAGCAGGACACAGAAACACCAGCUCAGCGUCGGCUCAGCUGAACCUGACCUUUGAGGGGAAACCAAGCAAAAUACACACCUUUCUGUUUUAUGUCAAACACUGGGAAAGUUUUUGAAAUGUUUGAAAAAUGUCUUUGUCUUUUAACUAAUCUUUUAAAUGCAAAACAGAUAUUGAAUACUAUAUGCAUAUAGAAUGCUUUCGAUAAGUGACAUCAUGAGAAAACGUAAACUAUGGACCUAAACCUUUCAGCUCAUGCAGUUUUAGAAAAAGAUAACACCCAGGCUUCGAUAGAACAGAAGAUGAACGCUUCUUUGUUCACCUUGAGUCUUUUGUGCAGGAUCUUAUUUUUUUCAGUCAGGAUCCAGAUUUUAAAAUCACGGAGAACACGUUUGCUGAAGGUUAUUUGAAAGUAAUGUGCGAUCCCUCUGAGUCGUCAUUUCAAUUGUCUUGACUUGAGUGUGUCGCGUGCAAAUGUUUCCUUUUGAAAAAUAAAUGAUGAUGAAGUACA